AUGCCUAUGCUCAAAGACCCCUCGAAAAAAUACAAGCCCUUCAAGCCUCUGCAUCUCCCUAACCGCCAAUGGCCCGAUAAGGUUAUCGACAAGCCGCCCCGCUGGCUGGCCACUGAUCUGAGAGAUGGCAACCAGAGUCUGCCCGAUCCCAUGGAUGGUGAACAGAAAUUCCGGUUCUUCAAGAUGCUCGUCGACAUCGGUUACAAGGAAAUCGAAGUAUCAUUCCCUUCGGCAUCGCAAACGGACUUCGAUUUCACUCGGCGCCUGGUAGAGACACCUGGCGUCGUUCCCGACGAUGUCUGGCUCCAGGUCCUGUCUCCUUGCAGAGAAGAACUCAUCCGUCGCACUGUCGAUUCCCUCAAAGGCGCAAAGAAGGCUAUCCUCCACAUCUACCUGGCUACCAGCCCAUGCUUCCGCCGAAUAGUUUUCGGAACCACCCGCGAACAGAGUCUCGAGAUUGCCGUAAGAUGCGCCAAGUACGCCCGCUCGAUAACCAAGGACGACCCAGAGAUGGCUGGUACCCAGUGGCAGUUCGAGUUCUCUCCCGAAACCUUCUCCGACACCGAGCCUGAGUUCGCAGUCCAGAUUUGCGAGGCCGUCAAGGCUGCUUGGGGCCCCACCGAAGAAAACCCCAUAAUCUUCAAUCUGCCAGCAACGGUUGAGAUGGCGACGCCAAACGUGUUCGCAGACCAGGUUGAGUAUUUCUGCCGCAACAUGACGGAGAGAGAGAAGUUCGUUGUCUCUGUCCAUCCCCAUAACGAUCGUGGCUGUGCUGUUGCGGCCGCCGAGCUGGCUCAGAUGGCUGGUGCUCAGCGUGUCGAAGGUACUCUUUUCGGAAAUGGUGAGAGAACUGGUAACGUGGAUCUGGUCACUCUUGCCCUCAAUCUCUACACACAGGGUGUCAGCCCUCAAGUUGACUUCUCGGAUAUCAACUCUGUUAUCAAGGUGGUGGAAGAGAGCAACAAGAUUCCCGUGAAUGAAAGAUGGCCCUACGGUGGUCAGCUGGUUGUCUGCGCGUUCAGCGGCAGUCACCAAGAUGCUAUCAAGAAGGGAUUCAAGCUGCGUGAAGGUGCCAACGCCACCGACGACGACGAGUGGGUCAUCCCGUAUCUCCCUCUGGACCCUCAGGACAUCGGACGGAACUACGAGGCUGUCAUCCGUGUCAACUCUCAGAGCGGCAAGGGUGGUGCCGCCUGGGUCAUUCUGCGCAGUCUGGAGCUGGAUCUUCCGCGCGCUCUGCAGGUCGAAUUCAGCAAGAUCGUUCAGAAGCAGACCGAAGCCGUCAACCGGGAGUUGCGGCCCAAGGAAAUUGUCGAGCUCUUCGAGGAAGCGUACCAUCUCAAAUCGAACCCUCGCUUCAAUUUGGUCGACUACAACAUCACAACCGACCGGUCACAGUCGCCGGCGCCCCCGGAGCCGGGCAAGGCCCUCAACACCAAGAAUCUCAAGCGUCGUUUCACCGGCAUCAUCGAGAUCGACAACAUUCAACACGCUAUCACUGGCGUUGGCCCCGGUGCCAUCUCGUCUCUGGCCAAUGCUCUGUCGACUCUUGGCAUCGACCUCGAUGUCAUCGACUACAAGGAGCACUCGAUCGGUCUCGGUAGAGACGUGAAGGCUGCCACAUACCUCCAGUGCACUGCGGCCGGCAGCAAAGAACAAGUCUGGGGUAUUGGUAUCCACCAGGACGUGGUACAAGCCAGUUUGAUCGCUCUCCUCAGCGCAGCUUCCUCGUUCCUGACAAGCCGUGCCGGUUCCCCCGCUCCAUUCCGCCCUCAACGCUCCAACACCCUCACAGACGAGGAUCUGCAAGCCCUUGAGCAGCUCGGCGACUCCAACGCGGUGGCCAUCACAGCCGCGAAGCUCACACCCAACGGCAGUGCCAAACCCAAGGUUGAUCUGGACGCGCUGACCGCCAAGGCGAACAGCCAGUAA